AUGAACCCAAAAAAUUUAAGUAGCGGUGCAAUGUACUGUCCCUGUUAUAGGUGUAAGAAUAUGAAGCCGAAAAAUAAAGAUGAAAUACGAAGUCACUUAGCAAACUCUGGUUUUUACGAGGAAUAUAAAUAUUGGUCCUAUCACGGGGAAGGCUGUACCGAAGAUGAAGUCCCGGAUGUGCAUGUCGAUACCAGUCAUGGUGUCAGGAUAGAUGAUACAGAUGUAAAUUUACAGACUGAUAUUGGACCUGACCAUACCGAAUAUGAUAUUAACAAUGACAAUGAAGAUGAUAUCAUAGUUGAUGUCCAAGAUGCUCAUGCUCCUGAGGACUUGGAUCGUAUAAUGAAACUACUAGAAGAUAGUGAAAAUGAUUUGUAUGAGGGUUGCACCGAGUUCUCCAGAUUUUUAUUUAUGUUGGAGCUCUUACAUAUUAAGAGCCUCAGUGGAAUGGCAAAUACUUAUUUCGAAAUGCUUCUUGAUUUACUACGGAAGGUAGUUCCAGGAGGAGAGCGUAGCAUUCCUAAAACAACUUAUGCGGCAAAGCAAAUAGUUUCCGAUUUGGGGCUUGAUUACAAUAAGAUUGAUGUGUGUCCCAAUGAUUGUAUUCUCUACUACAAGGAUAAUAAAGACCUUCAGGAAUGUCCAACAUGUGGAGUUUCUCGAUGGAAACAACAAACCCGCUCUUCAACAAGGCAGCCAACAGAGUCAAUGUCCCAGCAGAGCAUGAUUCCAGCUAAGGUGCUUCGUCAUUUCCCGUUAGUUUCCAGAUUGCAACGUCUGUAUAUGAACAAAGACACUGCUAAGAACAUGAGGUGGCACAAAGAAGAUCGUAUAGAAGAUGGUAAGCUGAGACAUCCAGCUGAUGCAGAGGCUUGGAAGCAUAUUGAUAAGACUUUUCCUAAUUUCGCUCGUGAAUGCAGAAAUGUCAGACUUGGGCUUUCUAGCGACGGAUUCAAUCCGUUCGGGGUUAUGAGUUCAGGUUGGUCUACAUGGCCAGUUGUCUUAAUGCCAUAUAAUUUACCCCCACUGCUUUGUAUGAAACAACCGUAUAUGAUACUCUCAUUACUGAUACCGGGUAAGCAUGCACCGGGUAAUGAUAUUGAUGUCUACUUAGAGCCCUUAAUUGAUGAGCUAAAACAGUUAUGGUCGGAGGCUUAUGCUAAUCUUUCUGGUUGGUCGACAAAAGGCAAGUUUGCUUGUCCAGUAUGUGGCCCAGAAUUUGAAGGCCUUCACUUACCAUAUAGUCGAAAGUGUUGUUAUUGGUUCAACAGGAGAUGGUUGCCCUCGGGCCAUAAAUACAGAAAAUUGAGCAAUAAGUUUGAUGGCACUGUUGAGACUAGGAAUAAACCACGUCAAAUGACCGGUGCUGAUAUUGCAAAGUUGCUUGAGCAUCUUCCUAAAAUUAGAUUUGGUAAGAACCGAUAUUCUAAGUACGACUCACUCAAAGCUAGAGGCACCUGCAAAAAGAAAAAGACACUGAAGAGGAAGAGAGCAUUCCAACGGGCACAUGUUGAUAAUGGAGUUGAUAACUUACCAAAGGGAUGGAGUAAAUUCAGUAUCUUCUUCCAGCUGCCAUACUGGCAAAAGCUUAAAAUCAGGCAUAACUUGGAUGUCAUGCAUAUUGAGAAAAAUGUUUGUGACAACAUAGUUUCAACCCUCCUUCAAGAUCCUAAUAAGUCAAAGGAUGACCUAAGGGCUCGUCAAGACUUAGCUGCAUUGAAUAUCCGAGAAGAUUUGCAAGCACAAGAUGUACAGGAGAGGAAGCUCUUAGGCCUAAAGACCCAUGAUUAUCACGUUCUUCUACAUCAAUUGCUCCCGGUUGCAUUGCGUAAUAAUAUGGAGAAAGAAGCAUCGAAAAUUAUUAUGGAGUAUUGUGGGUUCUUCAGAAAAUUGUGCUCGAAAGUUAUAGAUGUGAAGGAAUUUAAAAAGCUUGAAACAGAACUAGCGAGGCAAUCAUUUGCGGGUCCUGUAUCUUACCGUUGGAUGUACCCAAUUGAGAGAUAUUUGGGGUUUAUGAAGCGUCUAGUUCGCAAUCGAGCUCAUCCUGAGGGUUCUAUGGCUGAAGGUUACGUGACCAACGAAUGUCAUACGUUUGCAUCACGUUACAUGCGCAACCGCGUAAAAGCUGAUCAGCCCCCAACUAAGGAGAAGAAACUCGUAAAAUAUCCAAGAUCUGACUUGGAGCAGGUUCAUGCAUAUGUAUUGAAUAAUCUUGACAUUUUCAGCGAUUAUCGAAGGUAA